CCCACGGCCCGACUCAGCCUCCCGCUGAGGGACGGGUCCCUCCGGGUCCCUCCCGCUACCUUCGUCCAGCGCGGACGUUCCGCACGCGCCGCGGGGAGCGCGUGGCUCCGCCCCCAACCCAACGGCGCGGCGCGCGCACGGGCCUCGCAGCCGCGCUCAGCCUUCGGCCCCGGAGCCCCGCUGACCGCGCGGCGGGAGGCGAUGGGAGGGGAAGGUGACUGUUGGACUCGGCGCUCCACUGCCCGCUCUGGCGGAGCCGCGCCUCCUUCGCGUCUUCAUUGGCCGCCGCGGCGAGGCGGCGGCGCGCGAUUGGUCGGUGGCCGAGCGGCGGAAGAUGGCGGCGCUGGGCUCUCCGCUGCGGACGCUGCGCGGGCUCCUGCGCGAGCUCCGCCACGCCGGCGGCCAGGCGGGCCGUUCCUAUCGCGACACGGCCGCCUAUCGGCACAUCCUCGCGGCCUUCCGCGCACACCGGGUCACCAGCGAGAAGCUGUGCCGGGCUCAGCAGGAGCUGCACUUCCAGGCGGCCACCUACCUCUGCCUGCUCCGCAGCGUCCGAGAGCAUGCAGCCCUGCACCAGGAGUACCACGGCAAAGGUGACACGACCCGUCAGCGAAUCAAAUUCAGUGAUGACAGAGUGUGCAAGAGCCACCUUCUCAACUGCUGCCCUCAUGAUGUGCUCUCUGGAACUAGAAUGGACCUUGGAGAAUGUCUGAAGGUGCAUGACCUGGCAUUAAGGGCAGACUAUGAAAUAGCAUCCAAAGAUCAAGAUUUCUUCUUUGAGCUUGAUGCAAUGGACCACCUGCAGUCAUUUAUUGCAGACUGUGACAGGAGAACAGAAGUGGCGAAGAAAAGACUUGCAGAAACCCAAGAAGAGAUUAGUGCUGAAGUUGCAGCUAAAGCUGAAAGAGUUCAUGAAUUGAAUGAAGAAAUUGGGAAACUGCUGGCCAAAGUGGAACAGCUUGGAGCCGAUGGGAAUGUGGAAGAAUCUCAAAAAGUAAUGGAUGAAGUGGAGAAGGCUCGGGUAAAGAAGAGAGAAGCAGAAGAAGUAUACAGGAAUUCUAUGCCUGCCUCCAGCUUUCAGCAGCAAAAGCUCCGGGUUUGUGAAGUAUGCUCAGCUUACCUAGGGCUUCAUGACAAUGAUCGACGACUUGCUGACCACUUUGGAGGAAAACUACAUUUAGGAUUUAUUGAAAUAAGAGAGAAGCUUGAGGAACUCCGGAGGAUUGUGGCUGAUAAACAGGAGAAACGAAAUCAGGAGCGUCUGAAGCGUAGAGAGGAGAGGGAAAGAGAAGAAAGGGAGAAACUAAGGAGGUCCAGAUCCCACAGCAAGCAUACCAAAAGAUCUAGGUCCCGAGAUCGCCGCCGCCAUCGAUCUCGCUCAGCCUCCCGGGAACGAAAGCGAAGGACUCGCUCCAAAUCCCGGGAGAAGCGCCACCGGCACAGGUCUCGCUCCACCAGCCGCAGCCGGAGCCGCAGCCACCAUCGAAGCAGGCACAGCUCCAGGGAGAGGAGCCGAGAGCGCAGCUCCAAAAAGAGGUCCUCGAAAGAAAGAUCUUCCAGAGACAAAGAGCGUUCAAGAGAUCGUGAUAGAACGUCCCGUGACAAAGAGAGAAGCUCCAGAGAGAGGUCACCGCACGAUUUCAGAGACAAGAAGCGUUCGUACGAAAGCGCUAACGGCCGGUCGGAAGACCCGAGGAGCUCGGAAGAGCGUGAAGCAGGGGAGAUAUAACUGGCUGUAUAUUCACCUGAUCUCUAGCUUCCUAUGGAGUUGCAUACUAUGGUUUAGUUUACAGUUGUUCAAAGGGACACCAGUGAGCAGUUCCAGACACUGAUCCAACUAGGGUAGAUGUACAGUAUAUAAAAGUGGUUAUAACCAAGUCAGAAUUAAACCCCGUCAAUUAAUGAUGCCUAAAGCUGGGUCCUGGACUUCCACCAAGUUGUAAAACUUUUCUGAAAGAUUUCUCUUUAUUCAGGACAGCAGUUUUAUGUACCGAGUUGCAGAUCUCAAUGUUUUUAAUCUCCUUUCCAAUACAAGUUAGUGAACAAAUUAUAUUGUACUACUUGCCUUGGGUGCUUUUGAACCUUUGUAAAUUCUCCAAUUCUGCUCCAGUCAAAACAGCAGCAUUGAAAGGUUGUAUUUGGGGGGAAGUUUUUUGUUUGCUUUUUUUGUAAGGAGGUGGGUGGAUGGAUGGCUAUUAACUUUUACUGUAAUGUUCCCAGCGCUUCUUAUUUUUGUUUGUUUGGGAACCUAGAAGUUGGUUUCAGUGGGAGCGUUUAGACAGGAAUGUGUGCUGGAGAAAGCGGAAAUGUCUUUUUACAGUGCCUAUUUAGACUUGGAAAUUGAACAGCUGUUGCAUUACAUCUUUUUUAUUUCUACUUAAAUUUUGAAAUCAAAGCCAGUCCCAUAUCUGUACCAUUUGAUUGGUAUGUGUUCAAUAUAUUUGUUUUUUUCCAUAA